AUGAUGAGGAUGAUAAUUAUAAUAUUAGUAGGUGUUUAAGCAUAUAUGAAAAAAAAAACAUUGAUUUUGAAAAAAGGAAGCAUGAUACACACAUGAACAGAAUAAGGAAGGAAGAGAAACCUAGUAACAUCUCUUGUAUUAGAGGGAAUAACAAAAAUAAUGAUAAGGCAACAUCCAAGGGUAAUGAUAAUAAUAAUAAUAAGGUAGGAGGUACCCAAAAUGUGGCUGAAGAAAUAAGUACAACGAAAGGAAAGUUAAAUAAUAUUAAGAAAAGCAAUAAUAAUAAUAAUAAUAAUAAUAAUAAAUGUGAUAAUAAUAAUAAUAAUAAAAAUAAUAAUUGUGAUAAUAAUAAUAAUAAUAAUUUUGAUGAUAAUAUUAAUAAUUGUCAUGAUAAUAACUAUGAUGAUGAUUUCAUUGGUCAUAAUAUAUUUGAGGAGAAAAAAGAAAAUCUAAAAGAUCUUUUGAAAAUAAUAAAUUAUAACAAAGAAAGUAUGAAUGAUCUAUCAGAUGACAAGAUGGAAAAAAAAGAUCAUGAAAUAGAUAAUGUUUUAUCUAAUCUGUGUAGUGAUAACAAUAUAUGUAGUGAUGAUAAUAUAUGUAGUGAUGAUAAUAUAUGUAGUGAUGAUCAUAUAUAUAGUGAUGAUAAUAUAUGUAGUGAUGAUCAUAUAUAUAGUGAUGAUAAUAUAUAUUGUGAUGAUAAUUAUAAGAAAAACAGAUUAAAUGAAAUGAACAAAAAAAAGCAUUUGAGCUGUUUUGAUAAAACUUUAGAUGAUCUAUCUACAAUUAUUCAGAAGAAUGAAGAAAAUGAUUUGAAUAUAAUUAUAUAUAGUGAUGAUCAUAUAUAUAGUGAUGAUAAUAUAUGUAGUGAUGAUCAUAUAUAUAGUGAUGAUAAUAUAUAUUGUGAUGAUAAUUAUAAGAAAAACAGAUUAAAUGAAAUGAACAAAAAAAAGCAUUUGAGCUGUUUUGAUAAAACUUUAGAUGAUCUAUCUACAAUUAUUCAGAAGAAUGAAGAAAAUGAUUUGAAUAUAAUUAAACGAAUACAUGAAAUUAUAAUAUCAGAAAAAGAAUCACCACAAGAUUCUUGUACAAAUGUUAUAAACAAAAUUAAAAAGGAAAGAAAUUUAACAACUCAUAAUAUAAAUAUAAGCACAAAUAUAAAUAUAAAUACAAAUAUAAAUAUAAAUACAAAUACAAACAUAAACACAAACAGCAACGAUGACGGCAACGGCAACAUCAACGGUAACAUCAACGGUAAGAUCAACGGCAACAUCAAAGGCAACACCACCAUCAAAAGCAACAGCAACGACAACAGCACCACCAAAAGCACCACCAAAAGCAACAGCAAGACAACCAUCGGUAACAAUAUAAAUAGUAAGAAUGAUAAGGCACAUCAUAAUAAUGUUGUGAAAAAAUCAGAGAAAAGUAAUAAAAAAGAAAAAGAAGAAGAAAACAAUAGCGAUGAUGAUGAUGAUGAUGAUAAUGAUAGUUAUAAUUCUAUAGAAAUAGAACCAUUAACUCAUAAACUUAGUGAGAAUAAAUCUAUAAAUAACGAACAACAAAUUAUUUUGAACAGAAGUAUUAAAAGACGUUUAUCACAAAUAUUAGACAAUAUGAAAAAAAAGAAAAUUUACAAAAUGAUAAAUAACGACAAUGAUGAUUAUACAAAUAUUUGUUUUAGUUCACAUGAUAUGAAAGAGAAAUUAAUAGAACGUGUGAUGAUAAAUAAGCUAACAAAAAUAACAUGUCAUGAAAAUGAUGAUUUACAUAAUGGAUAUGAAAAUACUAAUUAUUAUUUAGAUAAAAUAAAUCUAGAUGUUAUAUAUAAUAAAUUACAUUAUGAUUUAUAUAAAAAUGAAGAAGAAUUUCAUGAUGAUGUUUUUUUAAUGUUUCAAGUUUUAAAAAAAAUGAUUGAAGAAACAAAAGAUAAAAAUGAACAAAGGAACCUUUUCAACUUAAGAAAAAAUGAAUUAAAAAAUUAUGAACAAGAAUUUUAUAAAAUGUUAAUAUCAAUUAGAGGUACCAAAAGCGCAAAUAAAUUUAUGAUGGAUCAAAGACGUCAUCAUGAAAAAGAAGAAAAAUAUUUUUUAAAAUUUUUUUUAGAACCUGAGAAAUUAUCUCACCAUAACAAUGAAAAAGGACUUCCUUCAAACAAAAAUAAAAGUAUUAGUAACAAUAAUAAAAAUAAUAAAAAUAAUAAAAAUAAUAAAAAUAACACAAAUAACACAAAUAACACAAAUAACACAAAUAACACAAAUAAAACAAAUAACACAAAUAAAACAAAUAACACAAAUAAAACAAAUAAAACAAAUAACACAAAUAAAACAAAUAACACAAAUAAAACAAAUAACACAAAUAACACAAACAAAACAAAUAACACAAACAAAACAAAUAACACAAACAAAACAAAUAACACAAACAAAACAAGUAACAAUAGUUAUAAUAACAAUUUUGUAACGGAGGAUGAUACUUGUACUCAUAAUAAAUAUAAGUCGUCCAUAUCAUCGAACAUGUUAAAAGGAUUAAGUUUAGAGAAUCAUAAAAAUAUUCUAAAAGAUGGAAUAAAUAAAGAAGAAGGUGAUGAUAUUAUUAAUAUUUAUAUAACAGAUGAAGAAUUUGAUUUAAGUGGUAAAGGAGGUGAAGAUACUUAUAAAGAUAACAUAUCAUAUGUAGAUAAUAUGGAUACUAUAUCAAAUACUAUUUUAUUAUCUAAACCGAAUAAUGUUAAUAUUAUAAAUAAUAACGAACAGGUACAUUUGGAAUCUUCAAUUAAUAUGAACAAUUCAAACAGUCAUACAAAAUGUAUAUAUAAUGAUAAAUGCUCAUCAUUAAUUUCAAAUUCUCAUGAUCAUAUACAGAAUGACGAUCUGUUCAAUGCUCAAAAGGUAUUAUCUCCGAAUUAUAUGACUGCUGUUGGAAAUGUUGAUAAGAGGAAUUUAUAUGUAUUGGAAGAAAUGAAGGACCAUAUAAAACAGCAUCUGGGUUAUGACAACACAUGUUAUGAUAAUAAUAAUAAUAAAGGUGAUAUAAAAGAUGAUAUAAAAGAUGAUAUAAAAGAUGAUAUAAAAGAUGAUAAAAAAGGUGAUAAUAAUGAUGAUGAUAAUAAUAACCAACAUAAUAAUAAUUAUUAUUAUAAUGUGGAUGAAAAAAGUACCAGCAAAGCAGAGAACUCAAAUAAACGAUUACUUAAACAAUGGGAAAAAAUUCUCAGAGAUAAUGUUUUAAAACUUUUAAAGAAUGAUAAUAAUUCGUUUUAUUUUAAAACACCUGUCUUAGAAGAUAGUAAUAUUAAUGAUAAUAUAAAAGAAGAGUACAGAAUAAAAAUUAAGAAACCUAUGGAUUAUAUUACCAUAUCUAGGAAUUUAUCAGAUGGUAUAUAUAAAGAACCUAUUGAUUUUUAUUAUGAUAUGAAAUUAAUUUAUAAAAAUUGUAUAGAUUUUAAUCCUGACACAGAAGAAAAUAAAUAUAUUAUCGAUGCUGCUAAAAGUAGCGAUAUGAAAUUUGAAUUUUUAUGGAAUAAAUGGAAAGAGAAAAUAAAUAAUAAUUUUUGUGAUCUAAAUAAUAAUAUAUUUAAUGAAACCUAUUACAUAGAAUUUUUUAGAAAAAUUACCAAAAAAAAAAAAAAACAUAGUUCUAUUUAUACAUUAUGGAUAGAUUAUCUUAUUAGUAAUAAUAUAGAUAUACAAGAAUUUUCUAAAUUAAGAAAUAUUAAUAUUAAUGAAUUAAAUAAAAAAUGUAAACCUAAUAUAAAUAUUAAUGAUAUAAAAUUAAUAAAUUAUAAAAAAUUAAAUAAAAAUAAUCUGUUAUCCUAUAUAUUCAAGGAAGAAUAUAACAACAUAGUUGUUAAUACAAAAAAAAAAUCAUUAACUGUAUCAUCUAGUGCAUUUGUGCAAGAACAUAUAGAUAAUCAUACAAAUAAAUAUGUAACACAAAUGAUUGAAGAAAAUGAUUUAACAGACUUAAAUAUACAAUUGAAUCAUGUAGAUAAAUCCAAUUAUGAUCAUAUCAAAAAUUGUAAAGAUAAUAUUAGUCAAUUGUGUAACUUAUAUGAGAUGGAAAAAAAUCAUCAUUUAAACCGAACACAUAUGUCAUAUGAAAAAUUUAAUUUAAAAGAUGACACACAUCAUAGUGACGACAUAAAACAUACAACAGAUCACGAGAAUUCAAAAAAACAUAAUAUGGAUCAUAUUAAUAAUUAUCCUAUACAAGAAAAAAAUAAGAAAAUAAAAAUUGUUUUAAAAGAUUCAAAUGUCGUAAACAAUUUUGAACAAAAUAUACAACACAAGAGCAAAGAGGAAGAAAAAAAAUCUACCAAAAUGUUAAAGAAAAGAAAACGAAAUAAAAAUGUAAUUCUUUUUGAAGAAAAUAUUUUUGAUAAUUAUUUAGAAAAUAAAAAGAGCUGUAUGCUGAAGUGUGAGAAAAAUGUCUUUAUAACCGACUGUUUUUAUUAUAAAAAUAUUUUUAGAAACCUGCACGAGUUUAUUGAUGAUAAAUCGAUUGAGGGGAAUGAUGAAAAAAGGAGUUCUCAUCAAAAUGGUACAACUUGUGAAAAUGUGAUAAGUAAUCAAAACGUGCAUAAUGAUGAUAAUAAAAAUAAUGAUGAUAAUAAAAAUAAUGAUGAUAAUAAAAAUAAUGAUGAUAAUGUAAACAAUGAUGAUAAUGUAAACAAUGAUGAUACUAAAAAUAAUGACGAUAAUGUAAACAAUGAUGAUACUAAACAUAAUGACGAUAAUGUGAAUAAUAAUAUAAACUCUGGUGAUGUGGAACAAAAUGAUAAUCCUAACCUAACCGAAGAAAACAAACCUAUUUACGAUAAUAAAGAAAAUAUUAAAAAAUUAUGGAAAGAAAAAAUGACCACACUUUAUAAUUAUGAUAAUACAAAUUGUAAAAUACACGUAUUUCAUUAUUCACCAAAUGAAGAUAAAAAUCUGUUUAACUUAUCAUCAUUACAUAUUUUAUUAUCUAAAAUAAAAAAUAUAAUAUAUAUAUAUAUUUAUAUAUGUUUGUAUGAACAAGAUGGAAAUAUUCUGACUGUUCAGGAAAAAACAAAAGAUUUUAUGAACAAGUCAUGCAGUAUUUCAAAUGAUGAUAAAAUAUGUAUACAUAUAAAAAAAAAUAAUAAUAUUCAAAUGAGCAAUAUACCAAAAAAUGUGUUUAGGGGUUUUUCGGAAGUUUAUCAGGACGAAAGUUCAUCAGAAGAUGAAAAGAGUAUAAAUGAAAAGAGUAUAAAUGAAAAGAGUAUAAAUGAAAAGAAUAUAAAUGUACAUAAACAUGGAACAAAUGAUCAAUUAAACGAAAGGUAUGAAUGUGCUUCUUUCAACGAUACCUUAAAAUGCGACGUGGAGUAUGAAAAGAACGUCCCCGCAUACUUUUUAACUUAUGGAAAUAUUAUUAAUAAUAUAAUUUCUAAGGAAGAGGAGACACAUCAAGCUAAUAUUUCUCAAAUGAACAAUGAAAAUAAGAAUUGUAAUGUUUAUGGUAAGGUUAUGUCUCAUGCUCAAAUGGAAAGGCAUGUAGCGAAAAAAAGUGAUUAUAAUAAUGAGAAGAAAAAAAACGAAUUUAUAUUGAAGGAUACCAGUGAGGUUAAUGGUAAUACUUAUAAGGACUAUAAAAAUUAUGAUGAUA